UGUGAAGCAGCUGAACAAAACAGUAACCUAGUGAAGUGCAUGUCCACUUUAAAUUGCAUGUUUGACUGAAAACUUCCUCUGCUGACAGUAAACAUGGCCACAAGACUUCCAACAAGACACCACUUUGAACACUGGAGUCCGAAACAAGUGGCGGAUUUCCUGACCCAGAAUGGAAUGAAAGAAUGUGCCCUAACAGUGGAGAGAAUGAAGAUUGAUGGACGUUGGUUUCUGAAACUAAAAAGCAGUGAUAUGAACAGAUUUAAUUUCAUUCACCAACCGCAGCUUCAGAAGAUGGUACAAGACAUCAAGAAGAAUGACGGAGGCCUUAUGAACAAGUUCAGAAAGUUUCAAAAUGAGCAAGUGGCUAAUAUGCGCAAAACUGGAAUAAGCACAUGGGGCCGGCUAACCAACAAAGGACCGCCAUCUGUACCCACAAGAGACUAUAAUCCAGAUGAUGACAAUGAACAAGAUCAAGAGUGGUCUGACAAUGAAUUUGACAGCGAUUAUGAAAAUCCUGAUGACCAUUCCGAAACAUAUGAAGUUCCAGAACAUGAGAAUGAUGAUAGUUAUGAGCCCCCUCCGUGUGAACAGGAGAACAGGAACACUGCUCCAGCCCUUCCUAUUUCCGGUGGGGAAUACGCAGACAACAGAACUGAAAGCAAGAGGCUGUCUCUAGGAAAGCCCCUUCCCCUCAUGCCAGGUCAUUCAGCCAGUAAACCCAGGCUACCACCUCCUCAGAAAAAACCAUCCCAGCAACAACACUCUAAACCCGAACCAAGGGAAGAGGAGGCUGACGAUUGUGAUUAUGUGUGCCCGAAAGAUGAUGAUGAUGAUGAUGAAGAUGAUAAUUACAUUCAACCCACAGAAGAGUUUGCUUCUGCAGCUUCUCACCCCCCACCUGUUGUUAACAGAAAUGCUAAGCCCACAAGAAACCAUUCUCCGUCUACCAUCAGAGCAGAUAAUGUGGCUGAAGGUCCAGUGGUGUGUGAUAUACCAGCUUUGGAGGAAAAGCCGUCUCCACCAGUCAACAGGCUUGUUAAACCUGGUUUCAGAAAAGUACCUCCUCCUAAUCCGGAACCUGGAGAUGAUGAAGAGUAUGAAAUAUGCAACCCAGAUAACAGUAUAAGCAGUAAUAAUUCAGAGGAUGCCAGUGCACUCACCGUACUGAAAACUCCAAUACCACGACCCAGAGAGGGGAAACAAAAUAACCCCCCAUUGAAGCCAAAACCUAACUUACCAUCAAAAGACAGUUUGCCUACAGGUGAAGAUAGGCCUGCAGCUAUGAAACAUAAUCCCCCGAGUGUGGUUUCAGAAUUUGCUGCAAGAAUAAAGCCUCCACUUCCAGGGCAAAGCCCAGGAACAACUCCACCCAAAGUUCCUGCAGUCACAAAUCGAGGGUCCGUACCCUGCAGUGGCCUGAGUUCUGCAGAACAGGAGGCUGGUGUUUAUAAUAAAGUUUGGUAUGCCAGUUCCAGUGACCGAAAGACUGCGGAAGAGGCCUUGGUCAGAACAAACAAGGAUGGGUCGUUUCUCAUAAGAAAAAGCUCUGGUCAGGAUGCAAAGCAACCAUUUACUUUAGUUGUGUUCUACAAGAAAAAGGUCUACAAUAUCCCUGUGCGCUAUAUUGAAUCAUCACGGCAGUACGCUCUGGGUAAAGAGAAGACUGGAGAAGAGCUUUUUGGAAGUGUGUCUGGUAUAAUUGAGAAUCAUCAGAAGACCCCACUGAUACUAGUUGACAACCAGAGCAAUACCAAGGACUCAACAAAACUGAAACACCCUGUUAAAGUUUAACAACAAAAACCUUUGUAUGAAAACAAACUAACUUUGUUAGCCUAUUUCACAUCAUCUACUGUACAUUCUCAUGCUAAAGAAUUUCCAAUAUAGAAUCUACUGUAAGUAACGGAGUUGGAUGAAAUCACAUUGAUGGGCAGGACAUAUCUAUUACUAGGACUAGUUGUUAGCUCCAUAGACCUUUUAUUUAAAUCAGGCAUCAGGAGCAUCAGACAGAACCAUAAACUGAAUGUUUAUCAGCAACAAAUAAAUAUACCGACUCAAGGAUCUGUAGUUAUAUUUAAUUUUAUUUCAGAUUGCAAGUAAUAUACAGAUUGUACCUAGAAUGUGUAAACAUUGUUUUGUAUUUUUGUAGUUAAAAAUCGAUUCAUACAAAAGCAAUUUACUACAAAUUUGGAAAUCAUACUUUUAUCAAUGUAUUUUUUGUUCCUCAGGAGGUUAAGAGUAAGACUAUACUGUCUAAUUCUGCAAAUGCUUGAAUUGCAAAUGUCAAAUGCUGGGUACAAAAUAUGACUAAUGACAGCAAUAGUUAAACAUUUUUAAAACUCUGAAAUGCUUGAUUUGUGUAUAUUUAUAAUAAAGAACUUACGCAGAAAAAGUCACUUUCAUAAAUACUGUAUACUGCACAGAUCAGUCUAAAAAUAGUUUCAUAAUAAUUUGUAACAUUUAAAAAUGUCUGCUUUCAGUUAUACUACUGUAUUUUAAGGAUUUUAACUAUUUAUUGAACUUUAUGUACUUUUGCUGGAAAAAAUAUCUGACAUUCAUUUUUAUGUAUGUUUAUGUAUAUUUU